UGUACAAAAUUGUUGUAAGGAAAAAUGGAAUGCGUAAAUGGAAAUGGAAGGUAUUUUCCAUCCAUGUGUUGUUUUUUUUAAAUCAGUCCUCUUCUCCCCACCAUAAAAUAAAAUAGGUAAAAUUUACCUUUAGUGAUGGCGGCGAUGAGCAAUAAUGAUGAUGUCAAAAGUGCAAGAAGAGAGACAGUUCAUGAGGCAAGACGAUGAUGUCAGUUUUGCAUUACAAUAACGCACCAGAAACGCACUUGUAUUAUAAAAAAAGUCUAAUUACAAUAUUCAAAUUAUUUAUUUAAUUGUGAAUUAAGUGUACACUUGUUUUUAUUUAUAUUAUUAUAUAAUGUGAAUAGUUCGGUAACGUCAAUCACGCGUAAAAAAUAAUAUAAGGCAUCGACUGACAUAACCUCACAAUUUCGUAUAAAACGAAUUAAAUCUUUUUUUUAUGUCUCGAUAGAGUCUAAAUUAUUUAUUUAUUACAGACUGACUAGCAUUUUUUUUAAGUUUCCAGUGAAAUAUUUUAUAGUAGAAAAAAAUGGCAAAUACAGGAGUAUUACCUUUUGUAAGAGGAGUGGAUUUUAGUAGAAAUGAUUUUGGAAAGGGGAAAUUUCCAGAGUCCGUACGUGCGAUGACUGGGAUCCAAUGGUUAAAAUUAGAUAAUACUAAUUUAUCAGAAAUCCCUGAGGAAAUGGGAAAAUUACUUAAAUUGGAACAUCUUUCAUUGGUACGUAAUAAAUUGGAACGUUUGUAUGGCGAAUUAACUGAACUGAAUUGUCUGAGGACAUUAAAUAUAAGGCACAAUAAUGUCAAAUCGAGUGGAAUACCAAGUGAAUUAUUUCAUUUGGAGGAGCUCACGACUUUAGAUAUAAGUCACAAUAAUUUACGAGAAGUUCCCGAAGGUUUAGAACGAGCUCGAUCAUUACUUAAUUUAAAUCUAAGUCACAAUCACAUCGAAGUUAUUCCUAACACAUUAUUUAUUCAUUUAACGGAUUUAUUAUUCUUGGAUUUAAGCAAUAAUCAAUUGGAAACUCUUCCGCCUCAAACGAGACGUCUCGCAAAUUUGCAGACUUUAAAUUUAAACAAUAAUCCUUUGGGUCAUUUUCAAUUGAGGCAACUACCAUCAUUGAUGAACUUGACAGUAUUGCAAAUGAGAGACACACAACGCACACUGAACAAUAUUCCAUCGAAUAUGGAAAGUUUAACGAAUUUACAAGAACUUGAUCUCUCACAAAAUGCAUUGCCACGUGUGCCUGACGCUCUUUAUUCACUGCCUAAUUUACGACGAUUAAAUUUGAGCGAUAAUGAAAUUACUGAACUUUCAACAGCCAUUGAAAUGUGGCAAAAAUUGGAAACUUUAAAUCUUUGUCGAAACAAAUUGACGGCAUUGCCAAUUUCUCUUUGUAAAGUUUUAUCAUUGAGACGAUUAUAUUUGAAUGAUAAUGAAUUAGAUUUCAAGGGUAUUCCAUCUGGAAUUGGUAAAUUAUCAGCAUUACAAGUAUUUUCAGCGGCCAAUAAUCAUUUGGAAAUGAUACCAGAAGGUUUAUGCAGAUGCGGUUCAUUGAAACAAUUGAUAUUGACUUCGAAUAGACUGAUUACUGUACCAGACGCGAUACAUUUAUUGACGGACUUGGAUUGUUUAGAUUUAAGGGACAAUCCAAAUUUAAUAAUGCCACCGAAACCGACUGAAAUUCAAAAAGGCGCUGGAAUUGAAUUUUACAAUAUUGAUUUUUCCCUGCAACAUCAACUUCGUCUCGCUGGAGCGAAUAUUCCAGCGCCAGCUCAAACAGCAAAUAGCAGCAAGGAUCCGAUCGCUCGUAAAAUGAGACUGAGAAGGAGGCGAGAUCAAGAGGAAGCUGAUCAGGAUCAAGCAAAAAUCUUAAAGGGAAUGAAAGAUAUAGCGAAGGAAAAAAACAAGGACAAAGGCUGGGAAGAUGUAAAAGCAGAAUCUUUAAAGCCUAAAAGGUGGGACGAGGCUUUGGAGAAGCCGCCAUUGGAUUAUUCGGAAUUUUUCGACGAGGGCGCGGGACAUAUUCCUGGAUUACAAAUUUGGGAAAUUGAAAAUUUCUUGCCAAAUCAAAUUGAAGAGGUUGCGCAUGGAAAAUUUUACGAGGGCGAUUGUUACAUUAUUUUGAAAACAAGCAUCGACGACAGUGGCUCUUUAGUUUGGGCAAUUUAUUUCUGGAUUGGCGAAAAGGCAACGUUGGAUAAACGAGCUUGCGCCGCAAUACACGCUGUGAAUCUUCGCAAUUAUCUCGGCGCUCAAUGUCGAACAAUACGUGAAGAACAAAGCGAUGAAUCCGAUGAAUUUCUUUUGCUUUUCGACUCGGAAAUCACGUAUAUCGAAGGGGGACGAACCUCGUCCGGCUUCUAUACAGUUGAAGACACUCCAACAAUCAGAAGAUUGUAUCGUGUUCACGCGGCUGGCGCUUCAAUUCAUAUGGAGCCAGUUCCAGUUUAUUGGGAAUCACUUGAUCCCGGUUAUGUUUUUGUUCUCGAUAUUGGCAGUAAAAUAUUCAUUUGGUAUGGAAAAUCAGCGAAAAAUACUUUAAAAUCAAAAGCAAGACUGAUGGCGGAGAAAAUUAAUAAAAACGAGAGAAAAGGCAAAUCGGACAUUAUAACUGAAACAAUGGGAACGGAGAGUGACGAUUUUUGGAAUCAUUUAGCUAGCGAUGAAGAAGUAAUCGAGAGGCCUCCUACUCCCGUCGAACACGUUGAUCCGGAAUUUAUGCCUGUUGUUCCACGAUUGUAUCAAGUUCAAUUGGGAAUGGGAUAUUUGGAACUUCCUCAGGUCGAAGUACCUCAUGGAAAAUUAGCAAACACUUUACUAAAUAAUCGAAAUGUUUAUAUUCUUGAUUGUUUUCUCGACGUUUACGUUUGGUUUGGAAAGAAAUCGACGAGAUUGGUACGCGCGGCAGCUGUGAAACUUUCUCAGGAAUUAUUUAAUAUGAUUGAACGUCCCGAUUAUGCGUUGGUUACUCGCCUUCAGGAAGGAACCGAAUCACAGAUAUUUAAAUGUAAAUUUGCCGGGUGGGACGAAGUUAUAGCUGUUGAUUUUACAAGAACCGCGGAAUCUGUCGCAAAAACUGGAGCCGAUCUUACAAAAUGGGCUAAACAACAAGACACAAAGGCGGAUCUUGCGGCUUUGUUUAUGCCUCGACAACCAUCAAUGUCAUCGGCGGAAGCUCAACAAUUGAUGGCAGAAUGGAACGACGAUUUGGAAGCGAUGGAAGCCCUCGUCUUGGAGGGGAAGAAAUUUGUUCGUUUGCCCGAAGAGGAACUGGGACAUUUUUAUAGUGCCGAUUGCUAUGUGUUUCUUUGUCGUUAUUGGGUGCCAUUGGACGUGAUGGAAAAUGAGGACGGCGACGAUCAAUGUGAAGAUGAUUUUCAAUGUAUGGUGUACUUUUGGCAAGGAAGAGACGCGGGGAAUAUGGGUUGGCUAACAUUUACGUUUAGUCUUUUGAAAAAAUUUAAAUCCCUCUUUGGUGAAAAAUUAGAAGUCGUCAGAACGCAUCAGCAACAGGAGAAUCUUAAAUUUAUGGCUCAUUUUAAAAAGAAAUUUAUCAUCCACCAGGGAAAGCGAAAACAAAAGAUUCCGAAUAAAGUCGAAUUUUAUCAUUUACGAAGUAAUGGCAGUACAUUGUGCACAAGACUCAUUCAAGUGCCGCCCGAUGCUUCGCUAUUAAAUUCUGCAUUUUGUUACAUUUUGAAUGUGCCAUUCAAUAAUGACGAUGAGACAGGAAUAGUUUACGUUUGGAUUGGAUCGAAGGCCGAUAUUGAAGAAAGCAGAUUAAUCGAAACAAUUGCUGAGGAAAUGUUUAAUAAUCCUUGGAUCAGUUUACAGGUGUUGAACGAGGGAGAGGAGCCUGAUAACUUUUUUUGGGUCGGUUUAGGCGGUAAGAAACAAUAUGAAACAGACGCUGAAUACAUGCAAUAUACAAGAUUAUUCAGGUGCUCAAAUGAAAAAGGUUAUUUUACAAUCAGUGAAAAAUGUACCGAUUUCUGCCAGGAUGAUUUGGCCGACGAUGAUAUUAUGAUUCUUGAUAAUGGAGAACAAGUUUUUCUCUGGUUGGGAACUCGAUGCUCAGAAGUGGAAAUAAAAUUGGCCUAUAAAUCAGCUCAGGUUUACAUUCAACAUUUACGAGUAAAGCAACCGGAUAAUCCGAGAAAAUUAUUUCUAUCUGCGAAGGGAAAAGAAUCUCGUCGCUUUACAAAAUGUUUUCACGGUUGGGGACAACACAAAAGGGCACCAGAAUAAUUUUAAAAUCGAUUUGUUUUUCUAUUUUUUUAACAAUAUUUUCGAUUAGAAUAAUCUAAUUGUUGUAAAUUGUUGAAUUGUGCAAAAAAUUUGAAAGACUAACAUUUUUUUAACUCGUGAAUAUAUUUUAAGGAUAGCGAAUUUUUUUUUUUUUUUAUCUAAAAAAAGCAAAUUUAUUUUUGCUCUGUGAGCGGAAUUUAUUAUUUAAAAAUAAAUUUAUUAAUAACUCGCGUUUGACUCGUAAAAUAAAAAUGGUUAAUUACGAGUUUAAAAAAAGUUUAAAAAACAAAAUGAGAGAAUUAAAUUUUUCAUUUGUAUAUACUUAUAGUUUGAAAAACAAGUGCCAAUUUCUUUUUAUUUCUUUUCAAAAAUCGCGAAUUGUUAAAUUAUUAAUUUUGCGAUUAGUGUGUAUUUAUAAAUAUUUGUAUAUAAUUGUAGAAUAUUGAGUGUUAUUUGCUAAAUAAAUAUCUUAAUUACAA